CAGCGCUCAUCGAUAGGCGCGAUUGCAUACCUGGUACCCGUCUUCGCUACAAUAUUUGCCUUUACCGGUUCUGCUGCAUUGCAAACGCUAAUCAAUUCGCGUAAUUAAUAACAAUUUAGCAAAAUGAGCAGCUCCGAGGAAGUAUCGUGGGUGACAUGGUUCUGUGGGCUUCGUGGCAAUGAGUUCUUCUGCGAGGUGGACGAGGACUAUAUACAAGACAAAUUCAAUUUAACUGGUUUAAAUGAGCAGGUGCCCAACUAUCGUCAGGCCCUGGACAUGAUCUUAGACCUGGAACCGGAGGACGAGCUCGAGGACAAUCCAUUGCAGUCCGAUAUGACGGAGCAGGCCGCCGAGAUGCUCUAUGGCCUCAUACACGCUAGAUAUAUACUAACAAAUCGCGGCAUCGCUCAAAUGAUUGAGAAAUAUCAAACUGGCGAUUUCGGGCACUGCCCACGCGUCUACUGCGAAAGUCAGCCCAUGUUGCCCUUGGGUCUAUCUGACAUCCCUGGCGAGGCAAUGGUGAAAACCUAUUGCCCCAAGUGCAUUGAUGUGUACACACCAAAAUCGUCGCGCCAUCAUCAUACCGAUGGCGCCUAUUUUGGAACUGGAUUUCCACACAUGCUCUUUAUGGUGCAUCCCGAGUAUCGUCCCAAGCGUCCUACUAAUCAGUUUGUUCCAAGGCUGUAUGGCUUUAAAAUACACAGCCUAGCUUAUCAAAUUCAGCUGCAGGCAGCAGCCAAUUUCAAAAUGCCACUGCGAGCGCCAAACCAAAAUCCCACGAACGCAACAGAGCAAGCAAAUGGAAAAGUUUAAGCCGAUAGCCAAGAUAUCCUGAUGAAGACACCGAAAUCAAUAGCAAUCAAUAGAAAACCGAAAACAACAUCCACAUACAGUCCACUUAAUCAUCCACUCUAAUCCCAUACACCCAUACACACACAUAGUCGGUCUCCCGAUGCCGACUCCCACACAGAAGGAGCAGCUGAAGAAAGCGGUGGAGGAACAAGAAGACGAACAAUGCGAAGAAGACGAACAAUGCGAAGCAGCGAGGCAAACAAGCAAAAAGAAGUUCAAUAAGCAAACACCCAAAAUACACACACCAAAACCCCCCGAACCUACACACAUGCACACCAACACAUUCAUGAGCAUAAAUGCAAUGGGUUAGAACCGGGGGAGGGAAAAGGGAAAGCUUUUUGCUGGAUGCAAUCCCAUUUCCCCUAGAGCUGGUAAACUAUCGAUAUCGUUUUUUUACAAUUGUUUAUACAAAUUAAAAUUAUAUAUAUACUAUAGAAUUAUGAUACCCUACAAGGGUUUAAAAAUUAAGCCAUGUUUUAACUAAGUUUUUAACAAAAAUACUAUUCUAUCACAGCAAAUCUUUGCACAAACGAAAUGGCGGAGACACACCCUUUUUUUUUAAUUUAGUUAAUAUUUUUCUCCAAUUUUAGUUAAUCUAAUUAAUCGAUAGUGCCCAGCUCUAUUUUCCCCCACACUGUACGAAACUAAAUAAACGAAAGAAGCAAACAGCGCCAGCAUUUAAUUAUAUAUUGCAGAUUUGUGAGUGUGUUCAGUAUAAAAAUGAUGUUACAAAUACAAUAGCUGUGGCUUUGUUGUGUUCCGGAGUUCAAUUCCAAAUUGUAGCGGCAUUAAUCGGUGUAGCUUAGUUUUUUAAGGGUCCAAUUCCCAAUCCUGUUUUCAAUGCAACUCAAUUCUAAUGAAUUCCCGAAUUGUCUUUGGGUAUAUAUAUUUUUUUUUUUUUGCUAAUUACUAAUUUUAAACGUAAGAGAAUUGUAAUAGAAUUGUAGAUUUGCGUUUCCUCUGCCAAAAAAAAACGAACUCAUUUAAUUUGUUUUUACAUUUGUUUUUAAAUUAUGUUCUUGUUUUUUAAGUUCACUACGAACAUUUGCGUAAUUAGGUAAACGCAAAGAAAAAAAAAACAUAAAAACAAAAACACAAACAAUAAAACGAGAAGUAAAGUUUUUUUAAGAAAAUUAGAAAUAAAGUAUAAAUAUAUAUAUAUAUAUAUAUGAAAAUCUAUAUAGAGAUCGAUAGAAAAGGCCGAGGACCGUUGAUAAGUUAAUCUGAGAGUGUGCAGAAAACUGUUUACAAUUAAUACAUAAAUGAUGAGAAAAAAAGGAAAUAAAAAAAAAGAAAAAAUAAGAAAUGAGAUAAUAAAACGAAAUGAGAAAUGAAAAUAAUGGAGAACAAUGAGUAAUAAUAACAAUAACUAAAAUAAAAACGAAACUGAUAUUUAAUACAAAACGCAGUGUAUCAUUUUCAAUUAGAGCCCAGACCCAACAUUAAAUGUCAUUAUAGAACACAAUCCUUAUUCCCUUACAGCUGAAAAUGGAAAGGAUAAAAGUUUCUGCCCUAGAAUUGGGUUGAGGGUAUAGCCGAGAAUGAACGGUUUGAAAUAUAUCGAAAUAUUUGAAAACCUUAGCGAAACAGAAGGAUCAGGUUAAGAAUAUAGGUAUAUAGGAUACAAUUGUGAUAACAAGAUAUUCACACAGAUCAGUUUUGACUUGAAUGUGACCAUAUUUGUUAUACAUGAUAAGCAUAUUCCGAUCAUUCACGCCAGCUCCGCUGUGUUCCGUGUUCCAUGUAUUUCUUUUUUUGUUUAACAUUCUGAUUCAAUUUUCUUAUAUGCCAUACACAUAUAUGAUUUGCACCGAAUCCAGGACUACAUUGCACUCUGUCAGGAGAUCCUAAGUCGUCCUGAUCCCGAGGCCGAAGCCGAGUGAUCUCGUCAAACUACUUGAACCGAAUGAAUCAGUUUUGAUUACUAAACGUUGUUCGUAAUAUUUGACAUAUUUUUGUUCACAUCAAGCGAAGAUUUAACAUUGGAAUUUUUCUGAUAUUUCUUAAGCGUUACCACAGGAGAGUUCAAAUAUAUUUUUGUAAGAAUUGUUAUGGAGAUUAGAGUGUUUUGUUUUUAGAAAAACGGAUAUAAAUUAUAAAUUGUGGUUUUACAGAAUAUAAAAAGCAGGCUUAGAGACUUACAGAAUUCCUGUUGGAGAGUUUUAAAGUAGAGAGAAGUUGCACUGUUAAGCGAUACUAUAUAUCUCGUGAUCCAUCAUCCCGAAUAAACUCACAACGACGAUGCACCACAUAUACCUGGCAGCGACCAAAGCUGCCUGCUGCAGUACCCCGCCUGGUCCUUGA